GUUUUUAAAAGGCAUUGAAAACUUGUUUCCUAAUGUCUUGAUCACAUUACCACCUCUUAACUGUCUCAAAGUUUUUAUUUUGGCCUGAAACAUUUUUUAGAUGUAGACUUAGAUCUACAAUGCAUAUUUAAGUAUUUCUUAAUACUUAUGUUAAUCCAAGCUGUUGUGGGAUAUGGAUGCUGCUUAGUGUGAUAUAGAGAGAACUCUGCAAUGUAUUGUGCAGACCUAGCUAUAAAACGCCAGCCAAGCAGCCAAAAAUGUUCUGUUGUAUUUGCAAGUUAGAUAGAAACACUGCUGUGGUUGAAACUUUCUGAGUUAUGAUACAAUAGCAAAUGUUCCAAAGGCAUGCAGUGUUCAAAAUAUUUAUAAAAGGAAAUCAUACGAAAAAUGUAAGAUUUCAAUGGUAGGCUUUCAAACUUGGCUGAAUCUGGAGAGAUUGUUGUCAUGACCAUUUUGGCAGUCUGUGCAUAAGUGUCUUUAUUAGUUUCAGCAAAUUUAGUAAACUGUAUUCUUUUUGCAUCCAUGGGAUUUUUGUUAAACUACUCCACUCCUUUGUGCUCAGUCUCUUAUAGUUAUUUAUGUUCCCACUUAUGGGCAUUUGUAACCUUGAAGUCUUAGUUGGAUCUGGGCAAAUGUGUAAAUUCUUAACUAAUUUGAAUAAUUAUUUAUUGUCAGAUACAUUUUAAUAGACUUGGCGAAUUGCAAAUGGAGAAGUAAUUUUUUUUUCUCAACCCAAGUUGACUAAAAUCACACUUUUGAACCUUUUGAAACCUAACCAGGGGAAUUCUGGGAAAGACAGCUCUUUGUUCAGCCAGAAUAAAUCUUUCUCCAAACAACAGGGACAGCUAUUAGUGAAAUUAUGAAUGUUUUUUAUUGAUAACUCUUAAAGGCUCUUAAAAUCAAUACCAAAUUUAACAGGCACCCAAUAUAAAUCUGCUAAAACUGGGAUGAUGAGGUCAUGCCUUCUUGUAUCUGCUAAAAGAUGUUAAGCAUUAGUUCUGCACUGACUGCAGGUAUAUAUUUCCCAACCCUAAUUAAAAGGAGUUGCAGUUGUCUAAUUGCUCAAAUGGCCCUCAGCGGCUGGAUUAAGCAGGAGGCUUGAGGCAGAGACAAGGUGCAGACCAACCAGGAGUUUGUUCACCAUCAUUUAACAGGUACACAAAAGGGAAAAAAAAGGUUUUAGCAGCAACUCCCAAGGAUCUUCACUGGCAGCCUUUUGUGAUCUACCACACCCCCGGGUUAAAAGACCUGCAUUGAAACGGGGAAAACAAAGAACAUAUGUGAGCUAACAAACAUCUACACACCGACUAAACAUCCAAUACUUUAUUUAACAAAUUUUAUCUGACACUUAGAAAUAUCUAAAAACCCAUCUUAAUUCCCAAUUUAAAUCCAUAUUAUUAAACCUUAAAGUGCACUGUUUAAGUCCCCCUCCUCAGUCAAUAAGUGGACCCUUCCAGAACCUUUAAAAGGUGCUCAGGCCCCCAGGGAAUCAUCUUGGGACAACUUGACAUCAUCGUCUUCAUCCGUCCCAGUUUGGAAGCCUUUUCACUGACUGCUGGAGAGGAGGUGGCUGACCACUAAAGGACCUGUAGUAAGAGGGAAAACUGAGUUGCAGCCAGAGAAAGGUAAGUGGUUUACACAUUUUAUAGAAAACAAAUGCUCUUUGUUUUUAAAGUUUAUGUUGAAAUGUUUUUCCAGAACAUGAGUGGAGUUUUAAUAACAUGUUAGAUUCUUCAUUUAAAAUCCAGCUCUACAAUGAAACAAUUGUUUUGAGAUGGUGGGGGGGAAAAAAGCCUGUUUUUUAGUAUUUGUCCAUGCCAUAAAGUGUCACAAAGGAAAUCAAAGCAAAUCAUCUUAAAGAGUUUGAGUUUAGCUUUUCCGUUUAUUAUAUAUUGUGUGAAAUUUUGUCAGAUCUGACACAUGAAGAAAAUAAAUUAAUCACUUUAAUCAAGAUGGCUGUCUAUAUGGAAAACUGAUAUAUUUUUAUGGAGCAAACAAAGACUUGUAUAUUAAUCUAGAACCUGUAGAACCAACUUAGUAGGUUUUGAGAUUUCACCAGGUCUAUGUGCAACAACACAUAUUGUGUAAGCAAAACAAAUAGCACUUUUGACUCUUUGUUUCAGUUCACGAUGCAUGUACCCCUGGCUCUCUGGAUCUUAUCAGCAGUGGUCUGUGUAGGAAGAAGCCAUCAUCACAUAGGGCACGGCGAGGAGGCCCAAGGCCCCACUGGAGAUGGCAGUGACAACAAAAUGUCGCUGGUGACCUCGGCAAACAAAGAGUUUGCAUUCCGUCUGUACACGAAGUUGGCGGAUCAUGCAUCCUCCAAGGGCAAAAACAUCUUCUUCUCUCCGGUUAGCGUCUCCACUGCCUUGGCUGCUCUGAUGGUGGGGGCCCGGGGGGAGACUCACCAGCAGCUUUUCAGAGGGAUGGGCUUCAACAGCUCCCAGCUGGCUCAGACAGAUGUAGACCAGGCCUUUCGUACACUCCUUGGAAACAAAGCAUCUCAUGAGGACCUCAGCCAAGGCACCGCCAUGUUCAUGAACAACAGCUUCAAUGCAAACCCUGAGUUCCUGGAUGUCCUGAAGCAGUCCUAUUCUGCCGAGGGCUUCAAUGUUGACUUUGCCAACACCACAGAGAGCGCCGACACCAUCAAUCAGUAUGUAUCGGGUAAGACUAACGGGAAGAUAGACAAGCUGGUAGAAAGCCUGGAUCCAAGCACAGUCAUGUAUCUCCUCAGCUACAUCUACUACGAAGGUAAAUGGGAAACUCCGUUUGAUCCUCGGUACACCUUUGAGGGCAGAUUCAGAGUGGACGAAAGCAAUGAGGUUCAAGUCCAGAUGAUGACAAUGAAAGAAGAUCUUAAUACUUAUGAUGACCAGGCCAUCAACACAAAAGUCCUCCAUCUGCCUUUCAACAACUUACACUCCAUGCUGCUGCUCCUACCUGAUGAUAUGGCAGUGCUGGAGCGCAAUAUCUCCCCCGCACAUGUUACUAAAUGGUUGAAGUGGACGAAGUCAGAGACAUACAAGAUAUUUGUUCCCAAGUUUUCCAUCAAGACCUCCUACGAAAUGAAUGAUGUGCUGACUGGAAUGGGAAUGGCAGACAUGUUUGGGGAUCGUGCAAAUCUGAGCGGCAUUGCAGAUGGCCUGUUUGUCUCUAAGGUGGUGCACCAAGCCACACUGGAUGUUGCUGAGGCCGGAGCCACAGCUGCAGCAUCCACCGGUAUCCAAAUAUGGCUACUUUCCUCCCGCCACGUCCCACAGUUGCGGUUCAACCGUCCUUUCAUGGUGAUCAUCACUGAGCGAGUUCCAGAAAACAUUCUCUUCAUUGGCAAGAUUGUCAACCCAAACCUCUGAGGGAAGAGAUCCCAUCUUUGUUAGUACAGACUAAUACAAAGAAAAUACUUUGUGUGGUGUAUUGUUCUCACUGCAUACACAGAUGAGAUGCAUUAACAUUUAUAUUUGCUGCUCCUGAAUAAAGAAAUGUUCUAAAAUAAAUGCAAC